GGACCCCUAAAGAAAUGGAGAAGAACCUCUGAAUAACUGGACAUGAACAGAACAGAUCCAUAUAAUACAAAGAUUGACGAAUUUUCAUAGCUCUAACUCUGAAGUCGUUGGCCCCCUUGCACAAAGCCAGGGAUUGGCCAGCUGUUAUUUUAGGUCUGCGGAGGUCAUCAGCAUUGGAGUAGAGCGUAGAGACCGUUUAAAGCCCCCCUGCCUGCAUCUCUGAGAGCGAGAGGGAAUCAGGAUCAGCAGAUCCACCCCACACAGCCAUAGCACUGCAUUGCCUGACCAUGGCGGGUCCUGCAUACGCCGUUAUGAACUCCUGGUAUGCGUCUGGGUCUAGGAACGACGCUCCUUCCCCACUCCCAGCCGUUACCGAGGAGAAGCCGCCGAAGAGGAGAGCGUUUUGCCUGCUUCGGAAGACGUCCAAGAACCGCAGCGGUAGCGGUAAGCAACAACAGCAGCAGCAACCCGCGGCAAACAACAAUAACAUGCCUUUCAUGAUCCACUGCCAGAUCGGGAAGGAGAUCAAGCACAUAUGCAGCAACUGCCGCGGCGCAGACCCACAUGAAGUUGAGGAGGUGGAGCGACUGGCGGCAAUGCGAUCUGAUUCGCUUGUCCCUGGCACACACACCCCUCCCAUUCGCAGGCGGAGCAAGUUUGCCACCCUGGGGCGUCUGUUCAAACCGUGGAAAUGGAGGAAGAAGAAGAGCGAGAAGUUCAAGCAGACAUCUGCUGUCUUGGAGAGAAAGAUGUCAACCCGGCAGAGCAGAGAGGAGCUGAUCAAGAGAGGAGUGCUGAAGGACAUCUACGACAAAGACGGAACGGUAGUAACAAGAGGAGAGGAGGUCAAGAUGGAGAACGGGAGGUCUCCAGCGUUAGGAGGGUCUGAUCCAUCACAUUGUGAUGGAGCUGAGCUGAUGGAUGGAGCAGGGUCAGCCAUAGGAACAGUAGAGUUCCAGUUGUCUGGAGAGGGGACGUGUCCACAAGACCACACACAGAAGCCCAGCCAGGGUCCACCCACUAAGAAGAUCAUGGUGUAUCCAGGCGACGGCGGUGUGGCAGAGUCAUCCCAUCACAUCAUAAAACAACCCAAACAACCCCCGGCGCUACCCCCGAAACCCUUCAACAGACUACCCAACCACAUCACAGAGGGUAUGCCAGUGAAGAUGCCCUGUAUGUCCAUGAAGCUGUCUCCUCCUCUACCUCCUAAGAAGCUGAUGAUCUGUGUGCCUGUGGGAGCAGGGGGGAACAUGGAGCCUUCGGCCCUCACCUUCCAGAAGUGCCCCCCUCCCUCUCACCAUGUGGGGUCCCUUGGGGGCCACUCCCUACACUACGGGACCCUCCCUGUGCCCCUACACCCCCCCAGCCGCAUCAUAGAGGAACUCAAUAAGACCCUGGCCCUCACCAUGAAGCGAUACGAGAGCUCCCUGCACCACGUGGUUCCCACGGUGAUGAUAGCAUGUGACGACAACAAAGAGAACCUCUCCAACGAAGAAGACUACCAAGACAUACCUGGGUCGUACAGGGACGAGGAGGAGGAGGAGGAAGAAGAGGAGGAUGAAGAUGACGAUGAAACACUGUUUACAAGUACCCUGGCUCUGAAGGUAUUGAGGAAGGACUCCUUGGCCAUUAAGAUCAGUAACCGUCCGUCUGUGAGAGAGCUGGAGGAGAAGAACAUCCUGCCCAGACAGUCAGACCAGGAAAGACUGGAGUUCAGGCAGCAGAUAGGCACCAAGCUCACACGGAGGUUGAGUCAACGGCCAACUACAGAGGAGCUGGAACAGAGAAACAUACUCAAACCACGCAAUGAGCUGGAGGAGCUGGAUGAGAUGAGAGAGCUCAAGAAACGCCUGUCUAGAAAGUUGAGUCAGAGGCCUACAGUGGAGGAGCUGAGGGAUGCUAAGAUCCUGACCCGCUUCAGUGACUAUGUAGAGGUAGCUGACGCCCAGGACUACGACAGGAGAGCAGACAAACCGUGGACGCGACUCACAGCUGCUGAUAAGGCUGCCAUACGUAAAGAACUCAAUGAAUUUAAAAGCACAGAGAUGGAAGUGCAUGAGGGUAGUCGCCAUCUAACCAGGUUUCAUCGACCAUAGUUAUUCUUAUGCCAUCUUUUACAAGAACCUCAAGUGCUGGACCUCAAAACUGCUGCCUCUGUGUACCACACCACACCCCUCCCCUUCCAGACCAGAACUACACUAGAACCAGAGUAGAACGUGAUCUGAACCUGACCAUAAACUUAAUCUGAACCUGGAGAGGUGUGUACAGAACUUGGCAAUUUACACUGCUACAGGCUCCAGUGUUGACCCAAAAUGGCUGCCAAUGAAUGGAAAGGGCAGACUGGACCAACCACAACAGUAUUUUGGUCCAGUGGUCAGAGAGCGGUCACAGUGUGGUCGGGUUGGAGAGAGGGACCAUCAUACACAUGGAGAGAAACUGACAGAAGGCACUUGACUGACUUAUCUCUAAACUGAGAUUAUAUGGACUAAAAAGUAUUGUUUUUUAACAGCCUUUUAUUAUAAUUGUUAAUAAUGAAAUUUACUUUAUUGCACUUUGGUUUUUGACAGUACUCUACCGAGGGGUUAUAGAACUCUGCUCCUAUAUCUGUGCCAAUGGGACUUUGGGAUUGUGGGAGAUUGAGUUUGGGAGGGCAUCUGUAAAAAAAUACAGAGACCUCCUACAACUGAUUGGGAAAAAUUAUUAUCCUCCAAGGGUUGUUGUGUUCCUGCCUUUUUAAUACAUUCUUAUUUUUCCUGUUUUCCAUUGUGGGCUGUUGUUUCCAAAACAGAGGGACCAAGCCCUUUCAAUCAGAUAGGACUGCAGAUAGGAUUCUGUAAUAAGUGUGUUGCAGUACUACUUACAAUACCAUAUACGCUAUGUGCUACUCUGAAAGAAACUGUAGUAUGAGAAUAUGAUCAGAAUAUAUACCCUUAAAAAUGUUGAAAUACAACACAAAACCCUCCUGUCCAUGUUGUGAUACAGUCUAGAAAUAUGAACCUAGCAAUAAUAUAUAUUUUUCCUCCGUCUGUCUCUCUUCCGGGGCUGCAUUCAAGUGAACAAUUACUGGUAACGUUUCAGAGAGCUGCCUGCUCAAUACCAAAUACACUUUGAAACGCUGUUGUGAGUUGUGAUCUUGAAUGCAACCCAGAUCACCAUUAUUAUUGUUGAGAGUUCUGCAACCCUCUGUUUAGUGUCACUGUGCCUAUCAUAUUGUUUACAGGGAUGAAAACGUUGCCAAAUGUACUUUGUUUGAAUUACAUUUGAUAAAGUAUGUUGUCUAUACAAUGCUUCAGCAGAGUGCUCCAUAGACUGGCAAGUUAACGGUCAAUAGUUAUGAAGGGAAUGGAAUUGUUAGAUUUCUCACUGUUCUCAUGGUUCCGCCUGGUUCAGCCUCAUAAUGGAGAACCGACACAUUAGACAACCCUUUGGCUGUGAAUGAGACAGGAGACAGACAUCUCAAAAUACGAGGAAAACAUUCUUGUUCUUUUACAAUAAACACAUGCAGUUGAUGGUCUUGAUCGUUUAGUCAGAACCCUUUGACUUGUGGUGUAUCCUGGUAUGUGUGUUUGUACAGGGACGUGUUCUUAAGGCACAAAACAUGGAAAAUGUUUUACAACGGAGUGCUUACCAAACACGACCCAGGACUGUCUCCCUGUGCCUCUCGUGUCCAAACUAAGAAAAGAAAGAGGACGUUCUUUGGGAAUUACUGUAUAAGAUAUGUACAUAAUACAAAAUAAACUACAUGUUUUUCUUUUUUGUAGAGGGAAACUGCAUGUGAUUGUUAACUUAUUGUUUGUCUUCUAUCAUGUAUGCAGUUUCUUAUCUAAAGGAAACUUAUUAAAAAACAUUCAAAACUA